GGCGGGCGGGCGGACAAGCGCAGCGCCAGGAGGGCGCAGCUCGGCCCCACCGCCUGGCCCCUGCUCCAGGGCGCAGCUACGCGGGCGCACCUCAGGCAGCAGACGUCUUUGCCAUGAACCAGCCUCCCCCUGCUGCCCUUCCUCCGCCCCGCCGAGUGCGGCUAAAGCCCUGGCUGGUGGCCCAGGUGAACAGCUGCCAGUACCCAGGGCUUCAGUGGGUCAACGGGGAAAAGAAAUUCUUUUAUAUCCCCUGGCGCCAUGCCACGCGGCAUGGUCCCAGCCAGGAUGGAGAUAACACCAUCUUCAAGGCCUGGGCCAAGGAGACGGGAAAGUACACCGAGGGGGUGGACGAGGCCGAUCCGGCCAAGUGGAAGGCCAACCUGCGCUGUGCCCUUAACAAGAGCCGUGACUUUCGCCUCUUCUAUGAUGGGCCCCGGGACAUGCCGCCUCAGCCCUACAAGAUCUAUGAGGUCUGCUCCAACGGCCCCGCUCCUGCAGAGUCACAGCCUAGUGACGAUUACACUUUGGAGGAGGAGGAGGAAGAGGAAGAGCUCCAGAGGAUGUUACCAGGCCUGAGCCUCACAGAAGCAGUGCAGCCCGGCCCCGCCAUGGCACCCUAUUCUUUACCCAAAGAGGAUGUCAAGUGGCCACCCGCUCUCCAGCCACCUGUGGUGCUGGGCCCGCCUGCUCCAGACCCCAGCCUCCUGGGCCCUGCCCCUGGCAACCCUGCUAACUUUGGGGAGCUGCUUUCUGAGGUCCUGCCGAGCUCGCAGCCUGGGCCCCUGGAUAACAGCCUGCCCCCCACAGGCGAACAACUCCUGCCUGACCUGCUGAUCAGCCCCCACAUGCUGCCUCUGACUGACCUGGAGAUCAAGUUCCAGUACCGGGGUCGGCCACCCCGGGCCCUCACCAUCAGCAACCCCCAUGGCUGCCGGCUCUUCUACAGCCAGCUGGAGGCCACCCAGGAGCAGGUGGAGCUCUUUGGCCCUGUGAGCCUGGAGCAAGUGCGCUUCCCCAGCCCUGAGGACAUCCCCAGCGACAAGCAGCGCUUUUAUACCAAUCAGCUGCUGGAUGUCCUGGACCGUGGGCUCAUCCUCCAGCUACAAGGCCAGGAUCUGUAUGCCAUCCGCCUGUGCCAGUGCAAGGUAUUCUGGAGUGGGCCCUGCGCCUCAGCGCAUGGCUCACACCCCAACCCCAUCCAGCGGGAGGUCAAGACCAAGCUCUUCAGCCUGGAGCACUUUCUCAAUGAGCUCAUCCUGUUCCAGAAGGGCCAGACCAACACCCCACCACCGUUUGAGAUCUUCUUCUGCUUUGGGGAGGAGUGGCCUGACCGCAAACCCCGAGAGAAGAAGCUCAUCACUGUACAGGUGGUGCCUGUAGCAGCUCGGCUGCUGCUGGAGAUGUUCUCAGGGGAGCUUUCUUGGUCGGCGGAUAGCAUCCGGCUACAGAUCUCAAACCCAGACCUCAAAGACCGUAUGGUGGAACAGUUCAAGGAGCUCCACCACAUCUGGCAGUCCCAGCAGCAGCUGCAGCCUGUGGCCCAAGCCCCUCCUGUGCCAGGCCUCAGUGCUGGCCAGGGAUCCUGGCCCAUGCACCCAGUUGGCAUGCAGUAACAAGGCUGCAAACAGUGAUUGGCCCAGGCUCCCUGGGUGGCUGUGCGGACUGAUGUGGAGGUGCGAUGGCCCCAGUAGGCAUCUGACGGGUGGCAGGGUCCUAUCUCUGGAUCUCCUGGAAGUGGAUCUGAGCCACAAAGAAGAGGAAAGAGAGGCCCGUGUCCCAGGUUCUCCUCAGAAGCUGAGGGAAGCUGGAAGCCGGUUUUGCUUUGAGGACUCUGCCUUCCUGCACAUGCCUCUCCUGGGCUGGCUGUGCAGGAACUGGGGGAAUUCGGCCAUCAGCACCAGUGAGGAGGGCAGGAACUCCCCCGACUCCAGGGGGCCUAGCUGUACAGAGAGAGUCGCCUCAGAGUGGCCCAUUCUUGUGGUUGCCCCCAUUUCUUCUGGCAAAAGGAGCCAGGUGUUGUGGGUCAGGUGUCCCUGGCAGGUCCUCUGCAGGGCAUGGGCCUGAUUUUGGGGUUCCCUAGCUUAAGCCUCACUUCCUCAUCUUUCUCCCUCUAGAGAGAAAGAUGAGCACUUAGCUAUUAUACCAGAUACUUAAGGCUGCCAGCUACCUCCCUUCAGAGUCCAAGAACCUGGGGUAGAAAGUGGAAUUUUAUGUAUUUUUGGAUUAAUAAAUAUUAAAAAACAGACUCAGCUAUUAUUUUCCAGUACCAGUUGCUCCCAUGCUGUUCUACUAGACUGUAUGUCUCAGGGCACCUGCCCUCCUGUUCUGGGGGCAUCGACACAGGGAAGGCCUGCUUUCCAGGCUGAUGAGUCAGGGGGCCUUCAUAAGCACUCAGCUGGCUGGCUCUGCUUUCCAGGAGGAAGCUGGCUGAAGUAAGGGUGCAGACCUUUA